AUGGAUGAACUGCAGCGUCUGUGGACGGUCAAGGAGGCGGCGAAUGGCCAUGGUCUAUUCGCCGCAGCCGACAUCAAACCAGGGCUUUUGAUCAUCCAAGAAGCGCCUUUACUGACGGUCUCGCGCGAGGAAGCCCAGUCGGGAUCUGAGCACAUUGGGAUUCCCGCAAAGACGGGGCUCUUGACGGCAGAGGACCAGAGCCGGAUGAUGGACUUGUACCACAACCCGUCGAAACUGCGCGAGUUUGCGGAAUUCCAGGGUCGGCCGUGUCCCGGCGCUCCCCACAUAGACUCGGCCGUCGCCCUGGCCAAAUUCUAUACCAAUGCCGCAACCAUUACGACGGGCGACUUGGAUGCUGGCCUCUUUCCUACCUUUUGCCGCAUGAAUCACUCGUGCAUGCCCAACACGAGCUGGGGGUACGACGAGGUUUCGGGGACCAUGCAAGUCUACGCCUCGCGCGAAAUCAGGCAUGGCGAGGAGCUGACGGAUGCAUACACGGAGCUGGCGCGGCCGCGUGCUCGUAGACUCAAGGAGCUGGCCAACUGGGGCUUCCAGUGCGAGUGUCUGGUCUGCGAAGGGCCCGACGCCGAGGAGCACGAGACUCGGAGGCGCCAGGUCUGGCGGAUCAACGAGAUUCUGAACCUCUACGACGCCCACAAAAGAAAGAGCGGAAAGGAGAGGCCAGUCUUUGCCGAGAUGCCCAAGACGGAUGAAGAGGCCCUGAGACUAGCCGAGGAGAGCGCGGCGCUGCUGCAAGCAGAAGGCCUUGUUGAGGAAUUGGGCGCUGCCUAUGGACGGUGCGCCAAAUUCGCACGGGCAGCUGGGCUUUUCAAACUCGCCGACGAGUACGACGAGAAGGAAUUUGAAAUUCUCGUGUUAACGACCGGAGAAUGCUCGCCGUAA